AUGGAGCCUCCGGCGAAGCGACUGCGCAUUCUCCAGUCCGUCGACGUGGACGAGACGAACCCCGACUACAUCGCAGCGAAGCAAAAGCAACAGCUGAAGUUCAAGGGCAGGCUCGAGUCGCUGUUCGCCAAGUACGAAGGCCUGCACGAAUCCAUGAGCGACGAGAUCGACUUCAGGACCGGCAAGCUGGUCGUGGACAGGGGCCAUCUGCGGAGGCUCCACCGGCAAAUCGAGCGCAAAGAGCCCACACUGCUCGACAGUCUUCUGGAGCCUGGGCUGGACAAGGAGGACGCAUCGGAGAAAGAGGAGGAGCAAGCCGAGUCAGACGAUGAAUUGGCGCCUACGCAAGCCCCCAAAAGAAAGAACGACACUGCCCGAGAUCAAUCGAGCGUUGCGCAACCUGCAAGGCAGCUUGGUGCCGAGCCGGUUACAUCGCCUUCGCACACUGUGCCCACAGAAGCAGUCCAAGCGAAUGCGCUCCAACUGCCAAACACACCGAACCCAGCAGCGAGCCUACUGCAGCAUGUUCACUUCCCUCAAACACCGCUUGGUCAACAGGCGCAGGCAGCCUUCUAUGCCAACCUGAACCAGACGAUUGCGCAGGCUGUGCAACACGCUGUUGCUCCAUUGCUGUCCAGUCUCUUCCAAAUCACACCAAACGUACCACUCGCGCAAGCUCCCGUGUUCCCAGUGCCAUCUCCAUACAUAUCAGGCACUGACAACGUGAGACCAGCAACGGACCCAAAAUGGUACUUUCCACCCAUGUCGGUUGCGAAGGAGGCGCAACAGACCAUCGAGCAAAGAUCGUCACCACCCGUGAUGGACAAGCCAUUGCCAGAAAUUACAAACCGAGUCGAGGCCAGCUCUCCCCUCGUCCACCGUCGAAGAAGUCCCAAAGUUCAUGUUCAUAUUCAACGAAACCUUACACCCAAGAAAAGACUCAAUCCAACUACCAGCCCACAACUAAAUCUCAACAGUGCGCGAGAGGAUUCUUUGCCUGUGUUGGAUAGCAACAAUGACUCGAACCCCGGCGUAGAAUCCCCAAUCAUACUGCCGAGCAAAGUUCGUUUUUCAAAGUAUCAGUUUAGUGAAGAGGAUGACGUAUAUAUUAGUCGGAAAAGGGCCUUGCACAACCUGUCCUUUCCAGAGAUCAAAGCAGGCAGAGAGAAGUGGUCAAGCUGGCCCGCAAGUGCCUUGUACAACCGGUGGAUAAACCAUAUCAAGGACAGGCAGCUUCAUUUGCAAGAAACACUGAAGACAGGACGCUCACUGCACAGCUCGUCAACCCCUCCUGAGCACGAGGAGCAGUUCUUCUCGAGCAAGGAGAUUCCGGAAACAUCGUCAGCAUCACAUCACCUGCCCACACCGAGCUCUCUUGGGCAGAACGACAGCCACGUGGAGGGUGCUGUUAUACCACCGAGUUCACACUUCGACGACGAUGAACUCGAACUGCUCUCUCUCGCCGGGGCAGAUGUUGGCCAAGAGGUCCCCUCUGUUGGCGACUAUGAAGACGACGAUGUCUACCCUACACUCGACGAGAUCCUCCCCUCCAUCGAAGGCGCCGACUUCCGCAACGAAGACGAACUGCAACUCGAGAUGCUCAAAACGGAAGAAUCCGAGACCGAAGAACGAGUCCCACAGAAAGCGCUACCCAGCACAAUCCCCGAAACCCAAGAUUCCAUCGUCAUCGCCUCUUCUCCGAGCUACAAACGCCAGACAACACACAAGCAGAAGCCCAAGCCCAAGCCCCUCCGCACAUACCGCGCCAUGUCGGAUUCGGAAUCCGACCUCGAUCUCAUCGGCGCCAGCGACGGUCCCACACCCACCACACCGCGCAUCACCAUCAAGCGCGAAUCCCUCACCCCGCAAGCAAGCAAAUUCCUCUGCAGCUCGCCCGCCUUCAAGACGCCACACGCCAUACCGCAGUCGUCGCGACUGGUAUCCUCGGGCGCAAAAUCGACGGGAAAACUAGAUCGCAGAGCCUAUCUCAAGGAGGUCAAGCAAUCGUGGACCAAGAAGACGCCGGGCGCAAAGGGACUGCAGAAUAAGAGGAGGAGUCUUAAUUUGCAGCCGCCUGCGCACAGGAGGCGCUGGGCUGAGGUGGAGGACAGCGACGAUGAACUCGCGGCAUGA